CAUCAGAUUAAUAUGUUUUCGUUAGCUUUCACGACAGUCAUGUGGUGUGGUUAUGCUAUAAGAUGUAAGAAGUGGUAUUUAAGGGGCUAAAGCUUGUGUCGAGUGACCACAAACAACAUACAAAGUCAUCAGCUUGUUGUUGUUGUACUGGAAAAAACUGAUUGAUUUGUAUUUGUAAGCUGAUCUGCUCUUCAGCAAUACAACCUAUACGUUUAUUGUGCACGCUGAACUUAUUAAUGCUCACCAUUUUGUCAUCAUCAAUGUGAACGUUUCCUGCCCCAAAACAAAAUACGAACAUUGAGUUUCGCCUAUUUUAACCAUUUUGAUUUGAUUAGAUGAUAUUUUGUUCAGCUGUUUUCUGCAGGAUAAUUCUGUUGUAACUUAUUUUUAAAACCAAAUUCUCUGAUAGAACUUGAGCACCAUGAUCAUCCAAGUUGCGUUUGUUUGCCUUGUGAUCUUCAUCGCGCAUAAAAUCACUGAGUGUUUCAAGAGCGGUUUCUCUGCAAGAAAUCGCGACCAUGGCUCAGGUACCCCAACUAAAAAGCCACCAGCAUACAGUUCUUUGUACCCAGACCUAACCAGCCCACCGGUUGGAAGUGCUCUUGCCAAGGUGCUUGGAUGGGGGAGAGGAACAUCGUUUCAAACCAUUGUUGAUAAGUUUAACUCGCUGGAUGAAGUGAGUAACGCUGUGAGGAGAGCCGGUUUGGAAUCGAGUAAUUUAUUAUUUGGUAUCGACUACACAAAGAGCAACCUCUACACUGGGAAACAGACAUUUGGAGGGAGGAGUUUACACGCUAUUGAGCCAGGAGUCUUUAACCCAUAUCAACAGGCCAUCAUGAUUCUUGGUCAGACCUUGGCGCCAUUCGACGACGACAACCUUCUACCAGUCUACGGCUUUGGUGACAUCACAACCCAAGGUCAAUCAGUUUUUCCGUUCCGCUCCGAUGGAGAGUGCCACGGUUUCCAUGACGUCCUUGAUUGUUACAAUAACAUCACACCAACUGUGACACUAAGUGGUCCGACAGACUUCGCUCCAGUCAUUCAGGAAGCCAUCAAGAUUGUCCGCAAAACAAAAGCGCAGUACCACAUACUUAUCAUUAUCGCGGAUGGCCAGGUUACCAGUGAAAAGAGAACACGUGAUGCUAUAGUAGAGGCUUCCCGGUACCCACUCUCAAUCAUCGUGGUUGGAGUCGGCGACGGACCGUGGGACAUGAUGCGCGAAUUUGACGACAAACUUCCCCAGAGGAAGUUUGACAAUUUCCAGUUUGUUGAGUUUCACCGAGUGAUGGUUUCGGCAAAGAGCGGACACCAGGAAUCAGCGUUUGCGCUGCAAGCUUUAAUGGAGAUCCCUGAUCAAUUCUUGGCUAUCCGAAAACUAGGGCUUCUGGAUUGAUUUUGUUUAUCUGACUGUAGCUGAAGAUGUUCUUCUAACAAGAAAUUUCUCUUGAAUGCAACGAAGAAGAUACCUCAUGUAUGUUAAUUUUUGGUUUUACCCAUAUACACCACCCAUAUGUGUUUGCACUGUAUACUUGGUACUUUCCUGUGCUCUGU